ACAGCUUAUGAACACUCUGAGCAGUGAAUGGUGCAACACGCAUACGGAAAUUCACAUGAAUUUUUACACGGCCUCUGGUUGGUGACACGCUCUUUUCAGUUCCCCUCUGCCUUAACACGAUAAGAAGAGCUGAAAGAGUUUGCACUGAAGCCGCGGGAUGGAUGUGUUGGUGAAAGAAGGCUCGCUGUUUUUGCAGGGAGUCAAAUUUGGAAAGAAGAUCUGGAGGAAGAUCUGGGUGAUGGUGUUUAAACCCAGCCAGGUGGGAGUCGGUCGCAUUGAGAUAUACGAUGUGCGGGAAGGAGCAGGGAUGUCUGCCAAGCUUGCCAAUCUGAAGAAAACUGAGAAGCGGGUUAUCCGGCUGGCAGAGUGCCUCAGCGUGACCCCAGCACUGGGGGAAAGCUGUCCGACAGGCUGCACCGCCUUUUACCUCAACACAGUUCAUCGCAUCUACACGCUGGCAGCGCCCAUAGAGGACGAGUGGGUACCCUCCCUCUGCUCCCUGGCAUUUCAGACCAACGAGGGAGGUGGUGAGGCCAGGAGACCGCUGGGAGAUGGUGGUGAUGUUGAUGCUCCCAUGACGGAAAACGAUAUCUACUCCACCUUGAGUCCAGGUCAGUUCCAGGUGACAGUGGCGAGCUCAGAGGCAUCCGUACGCUGCUGCAUGUUUGGAUCGUACCUGCUGUCCCCUGAGAAAGAGUCCCUGUGCCUGCUGGACAUGAAGACGGGCCGGGUUGCGUUCUGCUGGCCAUAUCGUUUUCUACGCAGAUUUGGCCAGGUCAAGGAAGGAAUAACUAUCGAGGCAGGACGUCGUUGCCAAACAGGAGAGGGCCUCUUCAUUUUCCUCUCAAAGCAGGGGCAACAGAUCUACCGGGCUAUUGAGGAGGCCAUCAUGCAUCAAAGCGUGCAAGACCUGCUGUCCAAAGCUACUGCUCUGCCUCUAGACAACAUGGUGGAAAAACCCAGUCCGCCGUCUCCAAAUACAGGCGUCUCCCGAAGAAAUCUUGCUCUUCCGGCACUUCCUGGCCCCAAACCCACUGCCGUAAUCUCUAAACCUGAAUGUGGGCAAGAUUUGUAUGCCAGGGUGAAGCCUCUGCCCAAACCAAGAAAUGUACCACCACCACCACCACCACCACCCCCUCCUCCAGUUUUGCCUUUGCUCAAAAUAAUAACUGAACCGAGGGCAGAGUUAACGCUGAAAGAUAUGGGCAUUAGUGACAUGGAACCUGAUUAUGAGUCCUGUGACUGGAACAAGAACGCCCAGUCGAGUCAGGACGGUUCUGACAGUCAGCUGUACAGCACAAUCAAACCUCUGCUCCAUACCAGAAGAAAACCAGAUGAAGAUGCCAACCACGAGAACCCUAAAAGCAGCCGACAGUCUCCUGUAUUUGGCUACCCGGAAGCACCGGUCAACUUCAAAAAAAUUCUUUCUGAUGUUCUCUUCAAAGACGUGACCAGACUUGCACCAUCUCCUAAACCCAAAUCCUACAGUGAGAGCCCAGAUCUCUUAGCUGAGCCGGAUUACUAUGAGAUCCAGAAAUGAACUAGCCACUACUUAAAAGAAACAAGUUCCCAGCUGUUGUGCAAAAGGCAUGUUCUUUCAGGUCUCAAUUUGAUUUCUCGGAUGCUAAGUGAAUGAUACAGCUCGGAAUAGUGCAGAUCAGCUAUCGGAAAAACACUACUGUGACGGAAUUUUCCGGAUAGAGUCUCUAUCGGGAAUAGCAGGAAUGACCGAACAGUCACUAUGACCGUCUCCUAUUGGCUGUUGUAAGCAUCCAUUGAUUGUAUUGCAUGAUACUUCGAAUGUACAACAACACAGCAUCAGUCUUACGCUUCAGUUGCCUGAUGAAAUGCCGUUUGAGUGCCGCGGUUGUGUAAAAUUAUUAACAGCUCUGCUUGGGUCGCUUGCUACUGUUUCUGCCGGCCAACCAAGUGGCUGUGUUGCUUUUGUGCUUUUUAGAUCAGCCUGUUAUGGAGACAGCAAACUGAGCCAAGAAUAUUUUAAUAUACAAUAAGUACCAUAGUUUCCACAUUUCUCCAACAAGUACUUGUAAAUGUAUGGAUAGUUCUGGAUUCUGUUACACUAUGCAUAUAGAAAAAUUAAGGAAAACUGUUAUUUAAGAAGAUCCAAAUAUGAUAAAUGUGUCAGCAGCAGUUAUACAAAA